GCCGCAGCCGCAGCCGCCGCCCGCCACCGGCCCUGGUCCCGCGGCGAGCGCGCAGCGCCGAGGUGGGAGCGCCAGGAACAGCAGCGCCUAGAUAAUGCCCAGGAGUGAGCUGUCCUGAGCCGCUGUGGGCCAGCUACCUGCCUGUGCACGCACACUCCACGAAGCAUCAGCCACCAUGGAGUCCAGGGGGAAGUCGACCAGCAGCCCCAAGCCCGACACCAAGGCCCCCCAGGCCGCUGCUGAGGCCAGAGCCCCGCCAGCUGCAGAUGGGAAAGCCCCGUCAGCCAAACCUGGGAAGAAGGACACCCAGGCAGAGAAGCAGGAGCCUCCAGCAGCCCCCACACCGCCGGCUGCCAAGAAGACCCCAGCCAAGGCAGACCCUACGCUUCUCAAUAACCACAGCAACCUGAAGCCGGCCCCUGCAGCCCCGAGCAGCCCGGAGGCGACCUCUGAGCCCAAGGGCCCUGGGGACGGGGCUGAGGAGGACGAAGCUCCCAGUGGAGGCCCAGGGGGCCGAGGCCCUUGCCCCUUUGAGAACUUGACCCCGCUCCUGGUGGCUGGGGGUGUGGCCAUGGCAGCCGCAGCCCUAAUUCUUGGUGUGGCCUUCCUGGCCCGGAAAAAAUGAUGGCUGGUGCCCAGGUGGGGGCCCAGCCACUUCCUGUACAGACCUCAGGAAUGUAGUGCAUGCCGAGUUCUCACACAGCUAUGUAUACAUACAUACAUACAUGAUAUAUAUACUCGUAUACCCCCACAUACAUGCAGAGGGAGAGAGCUGGAUGGGCCCCCAGUAGAGGGAACCAAGCCCCCUUCUGGCCCCCCAGCACUUCCCCUUCCCAAUCUCCGGGGCGGAGGGAGCCCAGGCUCCAGAGUUUACUGAGGAGGAACACAAGACAGCUCCAGAGGUCGUGGCGGGGGCCAGGGUACAGGGGCGGGGUGGGCAGGUGCACCAGCCUGUCCGGAGAGGCACCAGGGGUCCUGUGAGCUUCCUGGCAGCCGAGUCCCCAGGGCUGGGGAGGGGUCAGGGGUGGGCUCUGGCAGGGGCCCAGCCCCGGAGGGGACAUUAAAGGGUAUGGCUGUUUCACUCUCCCCAUUUCUGCUCUUUGUUUGUAGCUGGGCAGGGUUGGGGGUGCAUCUGGGCAGGGCCGGUGCCAGGGGGCUGACCUGAGUCAAGCGGUCACGGCAGCAGACCUUCUAUGCCACCGCUGCCCAUCACCUGCACCCUCGCUGGGUGGACGACAGCCCAAAGGCCAGUCUGGGGAGGGGAGGGGUCCCAUACUUCACCCAGCUGUGCCCCAGGCGGGCCCCUGAGGCUGGGGCCACCUCACUUCCUGCCCUGAGCCUCUGCCUUGUCCUGGGGGCAGCUGAGAGGCAGCGGGGAGGCUGGGGCGGGGGUGCAUGGAGGGUCUGCCCAGCCGUCAUCCGUGGCUCCUCCCGCCCCACCCAGCACCCUUCGAUUCUAACAAGCGUAUACAUGCAAUAACACAGGUAGAAUAGAGCUGCUUGGUGAGUGACCAGCGCCCACGUCCAUUGCCCCUCCACGCCUGCAGGGACACUGCUGUGCAGCCCCUCCCUAGCACACCUGGUCCCAGCUUGGCCUGUGGCACGGGGGGCAGCGGGCAGGCUCCAGAGGGUGGCCCUGGGCCCUGUGGGAGCCCGACGUGUCCUUGCCUGGCCAGCCAACCACAGGAACCCUAGGCCUGAGUGGAGGCUGAGUCUGAAAUAAACUGUAUUGUUUAA